GCAUAUUCAGAGUGGUGUUAUUUUUCGGUAUUCGCGCUAAGUGGGAGCAUCGUGUUGCUUGAUUUUGGAAUAAAAUAACGUGAAACGUCGUUGACAACGAGCGAUGGAGGCUGGUGCGAGUACGGGUACUCGUACGACGCGAUUUAUGAUGGAAGGCGUCGGUGCCCGAGUGAUUCGCGGACCGGAAUGGAAGUGGGGAAAACAGGAUGGCGGAGAAGGCCAUGUGGGUACUGUCAGAAACUUUGAAUCGCCAGAAGAGGUUGUAGUUGUAUGGGAUAAUGGCACAGCAGCUAAUUAUCGAUGUUCUGGAGCCUUUGACUUGCGUAUAUUAGAUUCUGCUCCAACAGGAGUGAAACAUGAUGGGACAAUGUGCGAUACUUGUCGUCAACAACCUAUUUUUGGAAUACGAUGGAAGUGCGCUGAAUGUGGCAAUUAUGAUCUUUGUUCCAUUUGUUAUCAUGGGGAUAAACAUCACUUGCGGCACAGAUUUUUUCGCAUUGCUACACCAGGAAGUGAAAGAGUUUUGCUGGAGCCUCGUAGAAAAAGCAAAAAGAUUGCAAUACGUGGUAUAUUUCCCGGUGCAAGAGUUGUAAGAGGUGUUGAUUGGCAAUGGGAAGACCAAGAUGGUGGAAAUGGUCGUCGAGGAAAAGUUAAUGAAAUACAAGACUGGUCUGCAGCUAGUCCUCGUUCAGCAGCUUAUGUUAUUUGGGAUAAUGGUGCCAAAAAUUUGUACAGAGUCGGUUUUGAAGGAAUGGCGGAUUUAAAAGUGGUCAAUGAUGCAAAAGGACAAACAGUAUAUAGAGAUCAUUUACCACUACUUGGUGAACAAGGUCCGGGUCGAACAGGACCUCAUGGUCUGCAAAUUGGUGAUCAGGUUAAUGUGGAUUUGGAAUUGGAAAUUGUACAAUCACUGCAACAUGGUCAUGGUGGCUGGACAGAUGGCAUGUUUGAAUGCCUCGGCACUACAGGAACUGUUGUUGGUAUCGACGAAGAUCAUGACAUUGUUGUCUCUUAUCCGAGCGGUAAUCGGUGGACUUUUAAUCCCGCUGUACUCACUAAAGUACAAAUACCCGUCCCCGUUACUAGUUCCAGUUCUGACAAUCAAACAUUUGCUGUUGGUGAUUUGGUACAAAUAUGCCAUGAUAUAGAAAAAAUUAAAUUGCUCCAGCGUGGGCAUGGAGAAUGGGCCGAGGCAAUGGCUCCGACCUUGGGAAAAAUAGGUAGAGUACAGCAAAUAUAUCAUGAUGGAGACUUGAAAGUGGAGGUCUGCAGCACAUCAUGGACAUACAAUCCUCAAGCUGUCACAAAAGUUGCUAGCAGUGACGGAAGUGUACCGGGAAAUAGUAGCGGUGAACGAUUAUCUGCAUUAUUAAAGAAAUUAUUCGAGACACAUGUGUCAGGUGACGUCAAUGAAGAACUAGUAAAAACUGCAGCGAAUGGCGACGCUGCUAAAUGCGAAGAAUGCUUAAAACGACCAGAAGCCGAUGUUAAUGGCGUAUUUGCUGGUCACACCGCUCUGCAAGCAGCAAGUCAAAACGGUCAUUUAGAAGUUAUUAAAAUACUUCUGCGAUACAAAGCGGAUGUAGAAAUAGAAGAUAAAGAUGGUGAUAGAGCGGUACACCAUGCUGCUUUUGGAGAUGAGCCAGGAGUUAUGGCGCUUCUCGCUGGUGCCGGCGCUGAUUUAAACGCUCGGAAUAAAAGACGUCAAACAGCUCUUCAUAUCGCUGUUAAUAAAGGACAUGCUGGUGUUGUGCGAACCCUACUGGAAUUGGGAUGUCAUCCGAGUCUACAAGACUCGGAAGGCGACACACCCCUUCACGAUGCGAUCUCUAAGAAACGGGAUGACAUGUUGGCUCUGUUGUUAGACCACGCUGCAGACAUCACCCUCACCAACAACAAUGGCUUCAACGCUCUGCACCACGCUGCUCUUCGUGGCAACCCAAGUGCGAUGCGAGUCCUGCUAUCGAAACUCCCUCGGCCCUGGAUCGUCGACGAGAAGAAGGAUGACGGUUAUACGGCACUUCAUUUGGCUGCUCUUAACAAUCAUGUUGAAGUCGCCGAACAACUGGCACGUGCCGGAAAAGCUGAUCUAGACUUGCAGAACGUGAACUUACAAACCGCUCUGCAUCUGGCUGUCGAACGACAACACACGCAGAUUGUCCGGUUAUUAGUUCGCGAAGGUGCGAAUCUAAACGUCGCCGAUAAGGAUGGGGAUACGCCCUUGCAUGAGGCACUUCGACAUCACACGCUGUCACAACUGCGACAGCUGCAGGACGUGCAGGACGUCGGACGACUAUUGAUGGGUCUAGGCACUCAGGGUCAGGACAAGAAGAGUAGUUCCUUCAUCGCGUGCUUCCUGGCGGCGCAUGGCGCCGACCUGGAGCUGAAGAACAAGAAGGGUCAGACACCCUUGGAUCUCUGUCCGGAUCCCAAUCUCUGCAAAACCCUAACUACCUGCCACAAGGACAAGGAAUCACAUGAUAUUGAAAUCGUCACCCCAUCAGCGGCGAUCGACGAGUGUCUCGUAUGUUCUGAUGGUAAACGAGAAAUGCUGUUCAGUCCAUGUGGACACGUGGCUUGUUGCAACGCCUGUGCACCGAGAGUGAAAAAAUGUUUGCUUUGCCGUGAGAACGUUCUUUCUCGAGUAAAGAUCGAAGAAUGCGUGGUGUGUUCGGAUCGCAAGGCGGGUAUGCUGUUCCGUCCAUGCGGACACAUGUGCGCCUGCGAGGGCUGCGCGGCCCUGAUGAAGAAGUGCGUGCAAUGCCGAGCUCAGAUACAGCACAUGGUACCGCUCUCGGUUUGCUGCGGUGGCGGAGGUGAUGUCACUUACGUAAAAGACUGCAACGCCUCAGGAACGAUAUCUGAAGUCAACGCAGAUCCCGAGGAGGAGCCGACGCCCUCGAACAACACCAUAGCUGGGGAAGCUCUCCUAAUGAACAACGGCAGCCGAGAUACUUCCCACAGCGACAUACAAAAACUACAGCAGCAAUUGCAGGACAUCAAGGAACAAACUAUGUGUCCGGUUUGCCUGGAUCGUUUGAAAAACAUGAUCUUCCUGUGCGGACACGGCACCUGCCAAAUGUGCGGCGAUCGUAUGUCGGAGUGUCCAAUAUGUCGCAAGGCGGUCGACAAGCGCAUUCUGCUCUACUAAAAACUAAAAAUAAAAAGACUGUCACCGAUCGGAUUUGCGCGCUGGAAUUUUCCAAGGACGGCGAUUACACGAUAAACGAAUUAUAUAAUCUAUGAUUAUCCGCCACAUUUUUCGCGACACGAAAAACUGACUAAUUUCUUCUUUUACUAACGUUUAUUUUUGACAACAACAAGAUUAUAGCGAAGAUUCGAGGCGAAUCGAUAGAGUAAUAUUAAUUUAAAAAGACAUAAUCCAGUUGCAUAUAAACUGAAAAACAAUGUAUAUGCUAAAUAAUAAUUUUCGAGCUUGCAAUUAUUCAUAAAAUAUAAUUUAAUUG